AUGGUAUCAGGAUUUGAUAAAUAUUUUCAAAUAGCGCCUUGUUUUAGAGAUGAAGAUGCUAGGGCAGAUAGAUCACCUGGGGAGUUUUACCAGUUAGAUAUUGAAAUGUCAUUUGUUACUCAAGAAGAUAUAUUUAACGUUAUUGAACCUAUAAUGUAUGAAAUAUUUUCAAAAUUUUCUGAUAAAAAAAUCUCUAGCAUUCCUUUUACCCGUAUCCCUUACGAUGAUGCAAUAUUAAAAUAUGGUACUGAUAAGCCAGACUUAAGAAAUCCAAUUAUUAUUACCGAUGUUACUGAAUUAUUUAAAGAUACUGAUUUUACAAUUUUCAAAGAAAAUAUACAAAAUGGCUCAGUAAUUAAGGCUAUUCCCGCUCCUAAAGCAUCAAAUUUACCUAGAAGUUUUUUUGAUAAGAUGCUCGAUUUUGCUAAUUUAGAAGGUGCUAAGGGGCUAGGCUAUAUUCAAUUUUUAGAAGAUGGAAGCAGCAAGGGUCCUAUUGUUAAAUUCUUAACUAAUUCCCAAUUACUGGAUUUAAAAACUAGAGCAAAUUUGCAAGAUGGGGAUGCUGUUUUCUUUGCUAGCGAUCAAAUAGAAGUAGCAACAAAAUUUGCGGGCAAAUUAAGAACAAAAUUAGGAGAAGCAUUAGGGUUACUUACAAAAGAUAGUUUUA